AUGCCCGGCGGGAACCGCACCGUGGUGACACACUUCAUCCUCCUGGGGUUCUCCAACCUCUCCGAGCUGCAGCUGCUGCUCUUUGUCCUGGUGCUGGUCUCCUACAUCAUCACUCUGGUGGGGAACACCCUCAUCAUGGUGCUCACCACACUGGACCGGUCCCUCCACACCCCCAUGUACUUCUUCCUCCGGAGCCUGUCCUUCCUGGAGGUCUGCUACACCUCCGUCACCCUGCCCAAGCUGCUGGCUGGCCUGCUGGACAACAGGAGCAUCUCCUUCACCGGCUGUGCCACCCAGCUGUAUUUCUACCUGUUCUUCGCCACGGCGGAGUGCUACCUGCUGGCUGCCAUGGCCUAUGACCGCUACAUGGCCAUCUCCCACCCGCUGCACUACAGCGCCGUGAUGGGCGACAGGGUCUGCCUGCUGCUGGUGGCUGGGUCCUACCUGGCCGGCGUGCCCGUCUCCUUCGGGCAGACCACGCUGAUCUUCAGCCUGCCCUUCUGUGGGCCCAACGAGAUCCAGCACUUCUUCUGCGACAUCCCCCCGCUGCUGACGCUGGCCUGCGCCGACACCUCCCUGACCGAGGCGGAGGGCUUUGUGGUGGGCGUGCUGGGGUGGUUUCCACGGGGAUCCACUCCUGUCCAAUCCACCCCCAGCCUGGACAGCUUGGGCGGGGAACAGUGCUCUCCAAUAGACAUUGCAGUGGACAGGAAACUGGUGCGAGACAAAAGCUGA